CUUGAACAGGCCGAUCGCUGUUCCGUUGGAGCGGUGUGGCCCGACCUUCUAGCGCUUCAUCAUAGCCUCGCUCGUUGCAUGUUCAUCUUUGAAGCAGCGCUGACGCCGUUUCGGAGCUCGCACGGUUUGGAGGGGGAGGAUUUGGAGUAGUUGCGGAGAGGUGGAGUUAGUUGGAGUGCAGUUUGCGGGGUAGAGGGUAGGAGGUGGCACAUGCAUAGUGUUGUAUAUGAGAACGAGAUUUGGAGUGGGGGUGGGGGUGGGGUGGCGAUCAUUCACAGGGGUUGUUGUGGUGGAAGUAGUCGUAGUAGUAGUACUGGUGAGACGCUCCUUGAGUUGGAGUGGAGCAGGCUGGAGGACGUCGCGGAGGGAAAGACGUAGUCUCGCUUUCUCGGAUUGUUCUAGUGGCGCGUGAUCCAUAUACAUGGUGGCCAGGAGGCAGCCGUCGCGGUAGAUGAGCAACAGGGCUUGUAGGAGGGUGAUGAAGAUCUGUGGGAUGAUGUGCACAACUGAAUGCGGGUCGCCUCAUUGUCGGUGAAGUUGUUAGUCUCUCUGUGUCGUGAGGUUCUGCAGACGGUAGCUGACGCGACCGUCGUCGUUUUUUUCUUCGCACUCUGUUACUGCAAUCUAGCUAGAGUUGGGGAGUGGUGUUUAUCAACUGGGCCAACGUAUUGUGAGAGUACUUCAUGCCUGCCUUACAGGUGGGCGCACUGCUCCAUCCACCAUGCUCGCUCUCAAGCGAAGAAUCUGAUAAUCGGGGUAGUGGCUCGUCCAAGGGCCACACGCUGAACGAUUACUCCUUGAUGGAUACAAUUCCGGACCCAUUUGUGCAAAACUUAUUUGUGUUGCGACAUGGCGAGCAACUGAAUCAACUGGAAGUACAACCUGGGGCUGUGAAGGCGGCGCGUCCUUGGGAUCCCCCGCUCACAGAUAAGGGCAAACUGCAAGCAUGGACAGUGGGUAGAAACAUGAAGUUGGAGGACUGGAAUAUCACCCGCGUGGUCAUGUCACCUUCCUUGAGGUGCGUGCAGACGGCUGUUGAGAUCAUUGCUGGACUGUGCAUGCUGCCAUCGAGUCUUGAGAUGCGUGAAAAAGGCAAUGGGUCGCCCUAUGUCUCUACAAUCAAGGCAUCGAUUGAGUGUGGGUUGGCGGAAAUGAUGAAUAGGCAAGGGGUUCCUUAUCCUUCGGAAGCUGCAGACAAGAACUCGCUCUCUCCUUGGACCUUAGACCUGGUUGAUCUCUACAUGAUGCUGCCAGAAGGAGUUCACGACACCUCUUUCCAACCAAUCAGGAAAAAGUUACCUCUGGGUAAGGAGACUUUGGAUGAUGCCCGGAAUCGAUAUACUUCCACUUUUCAGAAGAUUGCCAACAGAUUUCCUAACGAGAACAUUUUGUGUAUUACUCACGGCGAAGGAGUUAUGCAGUCGGUGUCAAUGAUGUGGCCGCGAGUCGAGGUACAUGGAGUCACUUACUGCGCGUACACGCAUGCUCAACGUCCCAACUUCAAGCGGGACAACGAUUCAACAAUUCUCUGUGGCGACUGGGAGCUGCUAACGGAGUCUGGUUCAGUCUCGGGCGUCUUCUUUGGCCCUUCCCCGUAGCCUGCCGUGCUGUUCAUUAUCAACCCACGGCUAUGUUCACCCACUUUUUUUAAAAUUUCUUUUUCCACAAACAAAACAAAGAGACUAUUCCUAUCAAUUGCCAUC